AUGGUCGACACCUCUCAAGAAAGAAUCUACGACGAGAUCGAGAUCGAAGACAUGACCUACGACCCCGUCACCCAACUCUACACUUAUCCAUGCCCGUGUGGCGAUCGCUUUGAGAUCAACAUUGAGGAUCUCAGAGAUGGAGAGGAGAUUGCCGUGUGUCCGAGUUGUUCGUUGAUGAUUCGGGUGAUUUAUGAGGUUGAGGAACUGCCGGCUGCUGCUUGA